AUGAAAAGCAGUGGCAAUCAAGAAAAAAUAGGUACUAUAAUCAAAAUGUCAGCGCAUGAAGAUGAUGAUCAUGAUAAUGGUGAAGAAAUAAAUGUUGAUGUUGAUUCAGAUUCAAGAAUGUCAUGUGGUAGUAAUGGUUCUGAAGAUAUUGAUUUAGAUGGUAGUGAAGGAUGUUAUGAUAAUGAUUCAGAAACACCUUUAAGUGAAUCUUUACAAUCUGAACAAACAAGAUCAUCAAGUGAAAAUUUACCAUUUAGUAUAUCAAGAUUAUUAUCAAAACCAUAUGAAAAUAAUAAUAAUAAAAGUCCAACAGAUAAAGAAAUUAAUGAAAAUGAUAUUAGAAUAGCAACAAGUUUAGCAUCACAACAUUAUAAUACACAAGCAGCAGCAGCAUUAUAUUCAUAUCCAAUAUAUCCAACUGGACAUGUAUUAAGAGUACCACCACAAAGAUCACCAUUAGCCUGGGCAUUACCACCAUUACAUCAUGCAGCUUUAGCUCAUCAAGCAGUUAAAGAUAGAUUAGCAGCUGCAUUUCCAAUUACAAGAAGAAUUGGUCAUCCAUAUCAGAAUAGAACUCCACCAAAACGAAAAAAGCCACGUACAUCAUUUACAAGAAUACAAGUAGCUGAAUUAGAAAAACGUUUUCAUAAACAAAAAUAUUUAGCAUCAGCUGAGAGAGCGGCAUUAGCAAGAGGUUUAAAAAUGACAGAUGCUCAAGUUAAGACAUGGUUUCAAAAUCGUCGUACAAAAUGGAGAAGACAAACAGCUGAAGAGCGUGAAGCCGAGAGACAAGCUGCAAAUCGUUUAAUGUUAUCAUUACAAGCAGAAGCAAUAAGUAAAGGUUUUGCACCACCACAAGCACCAUUACCUGGUGUUGGUGGACCGCCACCAAAUGGUGCACCAUUAGCAGCAUUACAUGGUUUACAACCGUGGGCAGAAACUCAUGCGGCCGGAUGCUAAUUAUUAGUAACAAUAGCAACUAAACUACCAUCAACAGAAACAACAACAACAACAACUAAUUCAAUAUUUACAAAAACAACAAAUUCUACAACUUCAGAUAUUAUUCCUAUUAAAAUACCAACAAUUACAACAACAACAUUAACAAUAAAUUCACCAACUACAUCAACAGAAACUUUAAAAUUGUCAGAUGAAGCAGCAACACUAAAAACAAUCAUAACAACAGCAGCAUCAACAGUAACAGAAAAAGAUGAUAUUCCAAAAUUAUCAUUAAAUUCCAAUUAUAAUAAUAGUUGAUAAAUACCGUAGCCCAGUUAAGUUUUUUUUUUUAUAUUUCCUUUUUUAAUAUUAGAUAACAAUAUAAAACAAAAAUUAGUAAUUUAAAUUAUAGAAAUUAAUGAAUGA